AUGGGUCGACCCCGAGGGUUCGUGUGCUCGCAAGUCAUCGAUAAUAUAGGCUCGGCUCGACGGUCCUCUCCGAUCCCCGCGCAUUUAGGCUCCCAGAAGACCACAUCCUCCACGCAGGUGUACAAAGGUACCUCGGCCGGAGUGAACACACAGGUGGUCUGGAGGAAAAAUAUAGAUCCUUCUCCGGGAAAUUUAGGAUUCACCGUCGCCCUGAGUUAUGCUUUCUCGAUGGGAGGAUUACAGGCUGCCCGGGGUGAGGCCGGGACUUCCCUCUCGCACGGCUGGUCACGGGAACAUGCAGCUGAGUCGAGGAUGGUUCAUGGAGGGGGUGUUGGAGCUGGAGGGAUGGCGGUGGAUGGGAUGGUCGUGGAGGUGCUGGUAGUCUGUGUUGGUGCUAGUGUAGAGGUGUUCUGGUAUCACUUGGAGUUUUUUGAAAAUGGUAUCAUUGAUGGUUUUAGAGGUGGUGAUACUAAGUGUCCAGACGACAUCCUCAGUGGUAUUCUUACUGGCAUUUCCAAUGGUACUCCAAGUGGUAUUCCUAACGACAAUGCAUUUCCAGAAAACCAAUGGCGAGGUCUGACAGCCAAUUGGAACGGCCUGCCAUGGAGUCCAAACGGCUGUCCACGACGACGCGGCCGACAGACCUACACACGCUUCCAGACCUUGGAACUCGAGAAGGAAUUCCACUUCAAUCACUACCUAACUCGCCGACGAAGGAUAGAGAUCGCCCACGCUCUUUGCUUGACCGAGAGACAGGUAAAAAUCUGGUUCCAAAACCGGCGAAUGAAGCUGAAGAAGGAGCUGCGGGCGGUGAAGGAGAUCAACGAGCAGGUGCGCCGGGAGCGGGAAGAGCAGGAGAAGUUAAAGCAGCAGCAAGACGACAAGAAGACCAACAAGGACCAGGCGUCGGCGGGCAACACCCCCGCCGGAGCAGCCACCAACGCUUCCUCCUCGUCCUCUUCCACCUCCUCAGCGUCGGCGGGAGGAGGGGCAGGGGAUACCAAAGCUGCGACUUAACGUUAUGGUGAUUUCUCCCCAGAUGGGCGUGCCUAUUUAAACAGAAAUUUCCACUUCACGCCCACACAAUCCAAUGACAUGCACGCCCAGCAACUCCCUCUCACGUCCACCUCUCCAGAAGAUGUUGCACUCUCCCUCACCCCGACCCUCAGCACCGCCAUGGACCUGGAGAUGUAUAACUCGAUAUUAAACUAAGAAUUUAAAGUUUUUUUUUUUAGAAAAUAAAAGUGCAAUAUUGGUGAUAGAAAUUUUUGAUAGUGAUGAUUUUAAAGCCAAAAAAUUGAUAAGUUCUCGAUGAUGAUUGAAAGAAAGAAGGCUGGAAAUGAUGUCGAAGGCGGACGGCUGCGUCGAGAUUUCCGAAUCAAACUCGAGCCUCGUCCUCGCAGCCCGACGCCUCGCGCCUCCGGGUUCCAGCCUGCUCCUGAAGCUCCAAAGGCAAAGCCGUUUGAGGUGCGGGGUCUGGAAGUGACAAGGAAACUUCUGGAGCUCGACAACUAUGUGUUCUUCAUUUGUGAGGCACACGUGUGCUCUUUGGACGACGAGGCCACACCUCCAGCAACUACUUCUUCAAAUAGUGAACAAAAGAAUAAAGAUUACAGAGACAGCAAUUCCAAAAUAUAACAAAUAGCCAUCAAAUUCUGAAUGCAAAAGCAAAGAAACAAAGCAGUAAUAUCCAGAUAGUCUAUCACACACAUUUGCUUCGGGAACUUCCUGCGUGUGACCUUUGACCUCACACCGGGGCCCCGAGGCAAUGCAUGACCUAAGGACAUUUCUCCUACUCGUGAACUUGACCUCUGAAAGUAAAACCAAGUAACUUCAUGGUUCAUUUAUAUAUCAACACCACGCGGGUUACCUUUCCAAAACGCCCUGUCGACUUACAAGGCUCAUGGAGAUAGUGAACGACAGUAGGAUUCCUUUCAAAUGACACGCCGCAAGUGCCCCCGGUCGGGUAAAGUCCUCUGCCACGCCAGCCUGUCUUGUAAGUCGACAGCGUGUAUCAUAAAAAAGUCUCUCGAUUUGGUUAGACACUUGAGAUGGUUCUUUUUUAUAUAUUAGAUCGUUUUUCUUUCUUUAGUCUAGUAACACGAUCGUUAUAUCAUGAAAAUGACAAUGAUAAGUAAAAUCCAGUCCUAGAAUUUUCAUUAGUCACCAUCUUGAGUAGCUAAGCCAAGAAGAGAGGAAGAAGGGAAACAUAUAUGAUACUCAUUGCAAUGGAUCCACACGGUUCAAGUGUCCCGGACGCGAAAAUGACUCUUGAUAGCCCAUCUAGAUUGUUAUAAGUUAAUAGUGUUGUUCAUGACAGGAUGCCAGUGAACAGAUAAUAGCAGAUGAUUAGCUAAUCAAUGGUUCCUAUUCCCGAUGUUUGUGAAAAAAGGAAAGAGAAAUUGAAACUUCCUCAUGAUUUUUGUACAUUUCGUGUUAAUGAUUAAUGUUGAUUUCUUAUCGGCUUCUUUCGUGAAAUUAGAAGUUUUUUUUACCAAUGAUUCCAGCUUUAAGUUCAAUUUAAAAAAGAGGAAAAAAGGCGCAGAUUGGAACUGUUUGACUGAUUGGAAUGCGGUAGUUCAGUGACUGAGAAUUGUUACCUUGUAAAUGGAUUCUAUUUAUUUGUAUUAAUUGUUAUGUUUGACGUCGGAUUAUAGGGUUGAUCGCCAUGCUGGUGUACAUGCGUGGUGUGCAUGGAAGGUAUACAUGUAAACCUUUUUUGUUGUAUGCAUGUUACCCCCAAAGAUGCCAUGGCUAAGUACAAAGAAGGAGAAUUUGUAUAUUGAAACUCUCUGAGCUUCAAUUCGUAUUGGAGUCUGUACACUUUGCUUCCUCCUUGCAAAAGAAUUAUGAAAGGGGAACUUCAUGCUAUUAAGUCUAAAGUAAAUACGAUUUUAAAGCUUUUUUUAAGUCACUUCAGAGAGUUUCAACUGGAACGACAACGCAUGUGGAGGCAUUAGUGCAAUAGCCGGUAUGCUAAAUUAGAGCUUUAAAGUUGAUAAAUGUAAUUUCUGGGAAACUGUGGAUGAAUAGGCUAAGAGAAGAAGCUCGAGGAGUCCAAUUUGGUCUCGAAUACCUCUCUCCUCCGAAUUAUUUUAACUGUAAUCAUCAGUGUGCAUAAUAACUGUACCUUAGGCCAAGGAGUGUGCAUAAUUAUUUGACCGAAAGGAGUAGCGAAACGUUGUGAGCUUAGGAAAGGCAGGCAAGGGAUGACUUUGUGAAAUCUUUUUGCUGACUGUCUUCACGUUUUUUUUAUGUUGACCUAUUACCUUACGUCAGUCAUAGGGCCGGGGUCCUUUUGUAUAGUGUGUAAGUAGUUGACCUUAUUUGCCCUAGCUCUUUUGUGAUAUCAAAUAAACAAAAAAAUGAAAUAAAAAAAGUAAAUUAACAUGUUCGAGAAAGCCAGGGCAAUAACUUUGUUCAACCAAGUUGAUAUGGGAUAAGAUCUCAGAUGGUUAAACAGUGGACAUAAUUUCUUUGUAGACGUGUGAUCAUUGUCAUUGUUUAUGUUUUCACUCUUUUGAAAAUUUAUCCUCAUUUAGGCUAAAAUGUUGAGUAUUUUUUGUUUUACUUUGUAUAUAUUCAUAGCGUCUUUGAGGUAUGUCCAUCUGUUAUAGAAGUAGUUAGUAUUGUUAUGGGAAAGUAUGAAAUUAUGUUGAUAAUUUAAGUUAUUGAGUGGAUGUUGUCGUGAAGUUUGCCUUUCUGUCUGUCGUUUUCGUCACAAGAUAAAGACCACAGGAUCACGCUACUACGCCUCGACUCUCGAUUAUGAAUGUCACUUUUUUCAUUCAGUUUUCCUUUUCUUUGUGGAUAGUGUAAGAUUUCUCAGGUGUUCGAUUCAGAUCCGGUGAGCCGUCAGACGGUGAGACUUUGUGAAACAUUCUGGUAGAUAAUUAAAGUGAGAAGAGACAGAGAGACAAACAGAAGAAGGAAGAAGAACAGGGAAGAGCAAUGGUUAUUGUUAUUUUUUACUUGUGAGAGAGGUCUGAGAAUCCGAACGGUAAGAAUGAAAUCAGAGGUCGGUGAGAUCCAUUGCGGGAUCCUGCCACAUUCACUAUUUUUAUGAACUUUAUAGGGAAUUCAAACCCAUUAAAACGGGUGCAUGUAUCCACUUGAUCCACUCCAUAUCCACAGGGUCAGCAUGACCUUUUGGGGGAUCAGAAUACGUGUUAACAAUACCAGUGACGCCGCCUUUGCGUCACAUUGAAUAUUCAUCACAGGCGACAGUAAACAGAUAUUUGGAGACGUUAGAGAAACCGUAUGAAAAGCCGAGUAAAUCUCUCUAAGGGAUAAAAGGUAAAAGGUGUUUUGUCGAUGAAAAUAUUGAGGUUUUUGUUUUUUUCCAAAAGAGGAAACCGUAUUACAAGUUCACAUCUUUUGUUGUUGUGCUGACUGCUAUUUCCAGAUGCAUUGCAGUAGUAGUCCGGCUCUUCUCAAAAUUGCAUGAAUAUCGACUAAUUUGAAUUGUGUAUUGUUGUAUUCUUAAUGAUGACUUUUCAUGGUAACAGGUGAUGCAUCUGAAUGAGUUAUACUUUUGGAUCAUUUGUAGAAAUACUGACAACGGGUGUAUUAUUUUCUGCUAACAAUUAUGUUUGUGUCUUCAGGUAAACUAAUGAGUGUUUUCAUGCACAUAGGGUUUUCUGUUGCUAAUACCAUUGCAAUUACCACAGCCCUAAUGGAUGAGUUACUCCAGAUGAAACAUAUGGUUCGAAAGCUGGUAUGACUGGUGACAAAAAAUACACACAACAAAAUCUAAAAAUCGACUUGGAAAACAAAAGGAAUUGAAGAAACAAAUUGGAAUAAAUGAAAUUUAGAAGAAUUGGUAUCUUGAAUUCAUGUCCACGACUUACCAGAGACUUCAAAGCGUGCAAAUAUCCGACUACUGUUGUUUCAGAUCCAACAUUUUUUUUUUUCAAAGAUUGGAUACUUCUAUUCCAAAUGGUACAAUUUCUCUUUGGGUGAGUAGGUGGUACCAACACCUCCUACUGACUCUAACGUGAUACUGAUAUAUGAACGACUCAUCUUCCUCCUUCUCCCCCCCCCCCUUCUCCCUAUCUUUCCCCUCCCCUCUCUCACUGGAAACCCUCCCCCUCCCCUCCCCCCUUUUCUCUCCCUCAAGUGUAUAUCUAGGCCAUGCCGAGUCCACCUGAGUGUUUCAUUAAAAAAGACGAGUGAUUUUAUAAAAUAUGGACUUCUUAGACUCUGGAAAAUGUAAGAAAAAAGAAAUAAAAGGUUUCUCUUGCCUUCCUUUAGUGGCGGGCGAUAAAAGGGAUGGACAUUGAAAAAAA